UGGGCUAGACGUUAGUUAAACUGGUGCUAGUGUAUUUUCCAGGUUGUAGUCCCGGCUGGCCUGGAACUUGCUGUGUAGACCAGGUGGGCUUUGUGCCUCUGCCUCCCUCAGUGCUGGGAUUAAAGGUACACAUCACCAUUCCCUGUCCUCCUGGCUAAACCUAGUUCUCAACCCGGUUUGGCCAGCUCUGACUGAGAUGGGGGUGGCAGCCUGUCUGGACCCUGGAGGGACUCUGAGCUCUCUCUUCUCCCCUCCCUGCACCUCCCAAAGCCUUGCACUUAGAACAAGCUUCUCAGAAGCCUGGCCUGUCUUUGGUUAAGUGUCAAAUUCAUAAUCUCAUUUUACCAAGAAGACUUGCCUGGGACUCUUGUGGGAGUGUCUGUGUUUUACUUACCUGGGGGUGGUUUUGAUGAAUGCUUGCUCCUGCUUUUGUUUCUGGUGUUUGACUUCUGUUAGCUCAUUAGCUCCUGGGAGGUGUCAAAGCUUGCUUAUCUUCAGACCCAUUUUAGAGAUAAUGGACAGGGAAGUCCACUCACUCAUGGCUCCAGGCACGGAGAGGCAGAGCUUCCCCAGCCCAGGGAUUUUAGUCACAUGCUUUGGGUUUUCUGGCUGUUAGGGGAGCGAGGUACCCCCCACUCCAGGUUUGGCUAGCUGCCCCCAGGACCAGUGUGGACACAGAUUAGAGGGGAAGGCCUUAGGUGUGCCCAACUUGAGAGGUUGGAACCUACUCAGCCAGUCCUUGGGUCUAGCUUUCAUGAUCAAAGGCCAGAGCCUGUUAGAUGGGAAAAGGAGCGUGCUCUCAAGCCUGAGGACCUGCGUUCAAUCCCUGGGUCCCAGGUGGUGGGAGGAGAAAACUGAUUGCCAAAGGUUGCCCUCUGACCUCCACACGUGUGCUCUGGUACACGGGCUCCUUUCCCCCCCACAUGCCUACUAAGUGUGGAAAAAUAAAAGAGAAAAGCUCAGAGGGCAGAGCCACUGCCUGAUCUGGAAAGAGGAUUCUCUCAGGGCCAUUUUCUCCUUCUCUCUGGGAACCAUAAAGAUCAUAUCUCAGCGCCUGACCUAGAACCAGGAUCUCUUCCCUAGCUCAGUGGCUUCCUAAAGGUCCUGGGGUCACUUUGACCCUCACAUUCCUGUAUGGGUUGUGUUAACCUGUCAGAGAACCCAAAGCAAAUGAUAAAGAAGUAUAAGGUGUCUGUUCCAGUAAAGGUAAUUCAUGACUCUCUAUGGGGUCAAUUCAUAUUUCUGUAUAGGGUUCUAAAUACUGCUGGGCAUAGUCCUUUAACCCACACCUUAACCCUAACACUGGGGAGGCAGAGGCAAGUGGAUCUAUUAGUUCCAGGACAGCCUAGUCUACAAGCCAGAGCCACAUAGUGGAGAGAACUUGUCUCAAAAAAACCAAACCAAAACAAGAAACCAGAAUGUCAAUACCUGUGACAAUAGGGCACAGUGAGUCUGAGUGUGUCUCCUGAUGGUGUGUACUGUGAUGGUUCUCACUUCUGGUGGAGGAAGGGACAGAGGGAGAAGGCCACAGAUAGUCGGCGAGGCUAGCACAGAAUGCUAGAAAAAAGAUAAAACAGCAGAGGGGCAGCUUUUUCAGAUAGGGUGGGAACUGUGUUAUUCUAGCGGUAGCUGCUGAGACAUGGGUCCAAGUGCAGCUUCUCUGGGAGGAUUUCCCAGGAAGUAUGGUGAGGAUAGCUGAGAAGGGAAGGCAGUCCCCAUAGUGGACAGUGGGGCAGCCCCUGGGCCUUAAUUCUGAGGUCCCUCAAGGUAGAAUUAGCACUGUGUUGUCUUGCUUCUGAAUGGCAAUGGCUACAGCAAGACUCACUGGAUUCGUGACUGGAGGAUAUUGCAGAUGGAGACCACAGUCCUCCAGUUUGUGAGGCACUACAGGCACUGGGUCCCUCUAGCAGUCAGAGUGGCAGGCACUGGCGUCUUGUGUCAGAAAGUGGUCUGCAUAGAGGCAGCCACCUCUCUUAAGAAGCUGACCUGGAAGAUACAGAGUUGCCAGAGAACUGGACGGACACUCGGGAGACACUGCUGGAGGGCAUGGUUUUCAGCCUCAAGUACCUUGGCAUGACGCUGGUGGAGCGCCCCAAGGGCGAGGAGCUGUCUGCAGCUGCUGUCAAGAGGAUCGUGGCCACAGCCAAGGCCAGCGGGAAGAAACUGCAGAAGGUGACUCUCAAGGUAUCACCCCGGGGGAUCAUCCUGACAGACAGCCUCACCAGCCAACUCAUUGAGAACGUGUCCAUUUACAGGAUCUCCUACUGCACCGCAGACAAGAUGCACGACAAGGUGUUUGCGUACAUCGCCCAGAGCCAGCACAGCGAGAGCCUGGAGUGCCAUGCCUUCCUCUGCACCAAGCGGAAAGUGGCACAAGCCGUCACCCUCACUGUAGCCCAGGCCUUCAAAGUUGCCUUUGAGUUUUGGCAGGUGUCCAAGGAAGAGAAAGAGAAGCGGGAGAAAGCCAGCCAAGAAGGAGGAGAUGUCUCAGGGACCCGACGUGACAGCGCCCCCUCAUUGAAAAGCUUGGUUGCCACGGGGAACCUGCUGGAUUUGGAAGAGGUGGCUAAGGCCCCGUUAUCCACGGUUACCACUAAUACCAACAACAUGGACGAGACAGCACGGCCUCAAGUCUUGGGCAGCAACAGUGUCGUCUGGGAGCUGGAUGAUGGCCUGGAUGAAGCAUUUUCAAGGCUGGCGCAGUCACGGACGAACCCUCAGGUCCUAGACACUGGACUGUCAGCACAGGACAUCCACUAUGCACAGUGCUUAUCGCCCACCGACUGGGACAAGCCCGACAGCAGCGGCAUCGAUCAAGAUGACCUCUUCAACUUCUGAGGGCCUAGGACUGGCAGGACACAGCUGGCCUUGACAUGUGAUGGACCAGAAGCCACCUGCAGCAGGGCAGCCAUCUCCAGGAGCCGUCAGCCACUCUGCAGAAGUUGCAGAGGAAAGCUGCACAGUCAGGCAGGGAGAGAGGGCAGAACGAGCCUGGGAUAUUCAGGCUUGCAUCAGGCUCUCGUGGUGUGUGCAGGCCAGGGUCUUGCCUCCUGGCCUGUGACCAAAGCAUUCCAUGUUCCUUUUCCCGGGGGCACUCACUCCUCAGGCGGUGAGAGCCUACUAUUCCUUGUGCACUGGAGGGGACAUGGCCUUCAGGGAAGCUGGGGUCCUGAGUUCAGCUUCUUCGGGGCUCUGAGAGGCAGCCCCUGACCAAAGACACAUAGCUCUGCACUUUAACUUCACGUGGUGGACAUGAUUUGAGGUCCUCGAUGGUGCUGUGGGAGAGAAGAGCUUGCCUUGCCUCCCUCCACAGAGGGCACGGUCCCUGAGGUGGUCUGUAUAGUGCUAGGACCUAGUGUACCAGCUGCCCGGACUCCUAGAGUCUCACGGCAACCUGGGGAACACCUCUGCGUGGCUCUCAGGGCGUACCCAACAGGCCUGCUCUUCUGUUUUGUCUGUGUGUCCUGUGUGUGCCCCCAUCUUCUGCCUCCUCAUAACCCUGGGAUGAUACCAAAGCCUAACACUAGGUUGUGUCAGAAUAUUUCUCAUCCAUUUUACAGAUAAGGAAACUGAGGCAACACAUGUGGGGAGGUUGGAGUUGAGAAUAGAACGCAGAUCUGAUACCGAAGCUCUGUCUGCGCUGCAGCCUCACAGCCCACGCCUCCUCUCUCUAGUUUUGUUGUCCUCCCAGCUAUUUUCUGACCGAAAUGUGUUUCAUAACAAACCAUCUGGUGCCUUUCCACACAGUGUUGGCGCAGGCCUCCUUGCCCUGCUGGCUGCCACGUUGCUGACUUCCGGAAAGAUGUGUUUUGAAGUGUGUCGAUUCCACGGGUUAAAUGGAACCCUCCAGAAGCAUCUAGCUGUCCCUUCCUGACGCUGCAGCCCCGGUGGUCCCCGCACCCCACCUGGUGGUCGAGCAGUCCAGUGGUGAGCUGUCCUUAGUCUCUCUGCUCCCAUGGGCUCUGGCAUCCUGCACCUCAGCCAAACCACAAGCAUAUUUGCAUGGCUAGGAGCCCCCAGUGGCAGGGCUUGUGAGAGCAGGUCUCAGUAGCCCCAGGAGAAACACACCAACCAACAUGACUUACUGAGUGGCUGAGUCAGACCCUUGCCUUGGGGAAGGGACUUGGGGAACCCUCCCUAGAAUCAGGGUAGCUCCCUUUCCCCAGCCAUGUCCAGGGUCCUGGGCGUGAGGGGCUGCCAUGGUGUGGGUGUUGCUGUGGUCUUGACAGGUUGUCCGCUGCUGCCAAGGCUGCCUCUGAGGAAGAAACAGUAAAUGUUCCCUUUUUAAAAAAGUAUAAGCAGCACUCGGGGUAUUGCUGGUAACAAGGGGCAGUGUCGUAGCUCCUGCCCUUUGGUGACAUGAGAGGCAGUUGUCGAGAGCCUGGGGGAGGCCACGUGCCCUUGCAGCACCAGAACGGAGGAUGAUGGCAGGAUCCCUGUGGAUGAGCCAGCAGGCCACCUUUCUUUGCAGCUGUCACCGUGUGACACGGUACUGAUGAAUGAUGGGGUCUGUGUGUUGACACUGACGGUGUUUCUAGCCAUGUGUCCUGGCCAGACUCUGAGCCCCUGAGACGUGAGUGUGUGAGGUGUGGGUGGGCCCAUGUGCACCCUUCCCAGGACAGUAUCGUUCCCACAACUCCCAUGACUCAGACUUGCAGCAUUAUCUGUUACUCCUGUUCAGGUCUUGAGCUCAGUGCCUUGGAUGAGCCUGACCCAUGUGGAUUCAGCUUGUGUGGCUUUGUGUGAUGGGGACAGAGGUGGAGGGUAGGGGUUCAGUGAUUUUAGAGACCCAAAGUCCAGCCCUGGGUUAGUUACCUGCUUCCUUGAGCCUUGGUUUUCCUGUCUGUAAACAGGGUACAGCAAUCUCCCAUGCCUGUGUCCAGGAUUUUGAGACUGUUGUCCACUAUGACGUUACUGGUAGUUCAUGCCUCCAGUAGCCCACAGGUUAUCCCUGAGCAAGAGGUCAUUUGGAUUGAAUGUGUCAAGUCCCAGUAGACUCUCAGACAGCGAGUACCACUCCCCCUGUACUUCCUGUGUGCCGGCUGUCAUGACAGAAGUCAUGGAGAGCUCAGAUGUCAUUCAGCUCCUAGUGCUGAGGGCUCUGAGCUUAGCUAGAAAGGUGGCCCUGUCCUGGGUGCCUGGUGAGGCCACAGGCCCUUCUCUGGCCCUCAUCCUGUCAUGUAGGGGUUUCCCAAGAGCUGGCUAUGAUCCAAGUGCUCAACACUCGUGCCCAGGCUCAGUGACCAUUCCAGCAAGGCUGCAUUCCUCAAGUUCCAUGGGCUUGCGUCUGGGAACUCCCCAGCCGCUGCUCCUUCCUGUAGCUUGUGGGGGUCUUGGGCAUUUAUGCAAUAGUCCUAUUUUGUGUCCAGAGGCAGCCUUCUGAUGCCAGCCGACGAGCAGACUCCCUGUGAGGCCCAAGUGGAUCAGAGCAAACUAAAGAAUUCUUUCUUCUUUGCCCCAUAAUUUGAAAAGACACUCAACAAGCUCAUCUUUCGGUUUAAAUUUGGCCAACGCCUUUAGUCUCCGGAUGUCUCAAAUUAUGGAUCCCGAGCCCAGCUGCCUGCUCUUUCAUGCGUAGCAGAUAAAGUGAAAGAACAAAGCCACCUUUCAGAUUUGACGUGACCUUCAGCUCCUCCGGGUAGAUGGUGGUGGAUUGGCUCUUCAGGAGAAGCCAUCACGAUUAAACCUCGCGAGGGCUUUUCAGCGUCUGUGCCUGGGACGCAGGCUUGAGCUUGGCCUUGCUCCAUCUUCCCCUGUGCAGUGGUCAGGACCCUUGUGCCCAGCCUCAGCAUUAUCAGUCUGCCUUGGCACAGUAGGAGGUGGGUAGGUGGUCUUAGAAGUAAAGAAAAAAAAACGGAAACUUUUGUUUAUUCUUUGACAGUUUCAUACAUGUAAGCAUCAUCUUGGUCCUGUGCACCCUGCUCCAUCCUCUGCUCCCUCUUCCCCCGAGCUCCAGCAUCUUCUUUUCCCCUUUUCCUCUUGAAUGCUUUGUAACCCACCGAGUCCAGUCAGUCCUGCCUGGUUAAGUGCUUGCUGGCCUCGUUGACUUGCUCUGGUGCAGGUAGCCACAGCUGCAGAGAGCUCUGGUAUGUGUUGUCCAUGUCCUAUGAAGGACAGCAUGUCACAGCUCUCUCCUCCCCCAGUGCUCAACGGUCUGUGUGCUCCCUUCUCCACGGUGUUCCCGGUCCUUGGGGAGGGUGUGAGAAAAGUCUAUGUCAACCCUUCUGUAAUCCGCCCUGUUUAGGACUGAACACCCACCAGGCCCUGUCUCAACUUGGACUCAUUGAAUCUCUUUAUUAACUCCUGGCCACUGCCAAGAAGCCACCCUAGCCAGGGUUAAGUGCAGCCCUGACCUAUAGGUAUAAACAUAAGUGGUAUAGGACAUGUUGCCGUGCCCUUCAGCAAAAUGACAAUAGUAGGUUCCUUCCUGGGCCUGUCUCUACAGUAACCGUGGGUUUUUGGCCAGGUUUGUGGUACCAGCCUGAAUUCCUGUAGAGCAGGUCUAAAUCCUCAAGUGGUUGGUUAUCCCCAUAACCUCAUGCCACUACUGCACCAGUGGACACACUGUGCAUGGUAGGCCGGUGUUGUGGCAUGCAGGGUUGAGUGCUGGGUUUCCUUCCCCCAGUGACCUUUCUGCACUGAGAGCUAGUCAACAAGGAGGGAGCUUUUGGAAAGUUCAGUUUGGUUUCUGUGUUAUACAGCCAAAGGUGUCUUAUGCGGUGGAAUCUUACCAUCUAGUUUUGGUACCCUCUGGGGCCUCCCUGACCAGUAAACUGUAGGGAGGUAUCCCAUGUAGUCUCACUUCUUAGAUGGGGUACAGGAAAGAUGCAAACUGAUUUGAGGCUCACAUUCAGGAAGAGGCUAAGUCAGGGAUUUGAACCCUAGGCUAUCUGAAUCCAAAACUUAUUCCUGCUACUCUGCAGACCAGCAGCACCAGCAGUGGGCAUCAUGCCCCUGGAAGUUGCUGGGGCCUAACCCCAUGGGCAGUAUUGGUAGGUGCCAGCCACAUAGAUAAACUGUUUGGCAUCUCUUAACUGUUUCCAGCUGCUCUGGAUAUGCCCAACUCGGGAUUCUGCAAAACCACGUACCCACAUAGGCCCCAUCUUUUCCCGGGUGACAUUGUCCACUCACUCUGCCAGCUUGAGAGUACUUCCCACAGGAGGGACACUGAGUCCGAAGGGGCUGGAAGGCAGGAACCCUUGACAGUGUCCGUGGUUUGAGCCACUGUAGUGACUGUAAGUAGUGUCUAUGUGAGACGAAAGAUACUGAGGCCCGUAGAGAUCGUUCAGGCCUGAGACCCAGAUCCUCUGUUCACUGACCUGGAGUGGCCCCGUAUCUGCAGGUCACUGGAACACUCAGAGAACAUGGCCUUGCUUGUUGGGAGCUCCUGAAGCCAGCUCAGAAGAACAGCCUUGACCAAAUGCCAGCACAGCAUUACUGGGGCAGCUUGGAGCUCCCAGCCAGUAGAGGUGUGGGUUGGGACACAAGGUCAUGCUUCUGGGCAACCGUGUCUGCUGGUCACCAGCUUGGCCUUGUCUCUGGAUGACGAGAGGCCUCUGCUCUUGAUCCUUCAUAGUCCAAGGGGCAUGGUUCCCAGCAGUCCCGGGUCAUGCAGGCUGGCCUACACCACUGUGACAUUGGAGAAUUGAGGGGUGUUGCAGGGAAUGCCAGAUGGGCGGCUGAGUGAGGGUGCUGGACCUCAGAAGGAGUAGGAAGGUUGGGAUACCUUCGAUGGCUUGGUAGCUCUGAUGUUCAGGCCUUGUCUGAGUCACUCCAUGGCCAGGUGCCCAGACACAGUCUGGCUCCAUGUGGCUAUGACUGAACCAUGGCAGAAGGGGGUAGACCCAGUCUAAGUUUCUGAGAGAGUGGGCAGCCCCAGGUCAGUGGCAGCCCAGGGGUUUGAUUCCCACCAAGGUUCUGGUCCCACAGACUCCCCAGCAGGCCCUGGUAGAGGGUGCUCCCAGCCAGCAGCCCUGCAACCCUCCCUGGGCCGUGUUGCUGAAACUGGAGUCUAACUCUAUAUCCUGACCAAAGACCUUGCUUUCCAAAGUGUUUUCAAAUAAAGAUUCUAGAAUCUAA